GUUUCCUUUCUCUCCGCUUCUCCACGUUGUUUCUUUCGCCAGCUCUUUCUCGAGGACUACGGUGUUUUUGCCUUCCUGUUUUUUUCCCCCAGCUAACCGAGAAGUCUCUCACACGUAUACUUCGUCAUCUUCCUCUAUUUGUAUAUCAUUUAGUUACGCCGUCACCCCUACAGACACACGCGCCUCCUCUGCGCAAAAGAUGUCCUCCUACCUGCAGACGUACAAGUACUACAAGGAGAAGAAGAUGGGCAUCAUCCUCGCCCCCUUCUCCGGUGGCCAGCCCAAGAGCGGGGUGGAGCUUGGCCCGGACUAUCUGGUAAAGCACGGCAUCCAAGCGGACAUGGAGAAGCUUGGCUGGAAGACGACCAUCGAGCAGCCGCUGGACGGCAAGGCGGUCGAGGCACGCAAGGGACGCGAGAAGGACGACAACGUGGGCCACAUCCAGCGUCCGCGCCUGACCGGCGAGUGCACACAGAAGGUGUUCGAGUGUGUGCGGAAGGUGGCCGAGCAGGGCCGCUUCCCCCUCACCCUCGGCGGUGACCACUCCAUCGCCAUCGGCACCGUCGCCGGCGUCCUCACGGCGCACCCGAACGCGGGUCUCAUUUGGGUAGACGCGCACGCCGACAUCAACACCAUGUCCGGCACCCUCUCCGGCAACCUCCACGGCUGCCCCGUGUCGAUCCUAAUGGGACUCGACCGCGCGAACAUCCCGGAGAGCUUUGCGUGGGUGCCACAGGUGCUGAAGCCGCACAAGAUAGCCUACAUUGGUCUGCGCGAGGUGGACGAGGCGGAGAAGAAGAUUCUGCACGACCUCGACAUUGCCGCCUUCAGCAUGCACCACAUCGAUCGCUACGGAAUGGAGCGAGUCGUGCGCAUGGCGAUGGACGCCGUCUCGCCCCUCGGGACGGAGCCGGUCAUGGUGUCGUAUGAUGUGGAUGCCAUCGACCCCCUUUACGUGCCGGCGACGGGCACCCCCGUGCGCGGCGGUCUGUCCUUCCGCGAGGCGCUCUACCUGUGCGAGCGCGUCGCCGACAGCGGUCGCCUCGUGGCCCUUGAUGUGGUGGAGUGCAACCCGCUGCUGGCCACGACAGAUGCGCACAUGAACGACACAAUCUCUGCGGGCUGCGCCGUGGCACGCUGCAUGAUGGGGGAAACCUUGCUCUACCCCGCCAAGAGCUCGCGGCUGUGA